AUGGCGUAUUCACAAAGAUUUAUGGCACAAGGUAUUCCAGGACAAUAUACAACUAUUGUAGCUUUUAGUGAUGUCAAUCAUCUAGGAAAAGAUUUGACUCUUAAUAUUCACAAUGAAAUGACACGUUUAACAUUAGAUAUUGUAACUGAAUGUGUAUUUGGAAUUGGUUUAAUAAAAAGUGAAAAUUUUCGAGAAUUUAUUUAUCAAAAUGUCAUAACAACAUCAUAG